CUGUACAGAUGCUGUACAGAUAUAGAUGCAGUGGUUUUCAGAGGAGGUGUGUGGCCACUGCCCUGGACAAUUCAGUACGAUAGUUUCAACCAUACCAUAAAUCCAGGAGAAUUUCGUUUUAUUUCCAAGGUGGGUUCCUGUGAUGUGAUCGACAAAGCUAUUAAGCGAUAUCAGAAUCUUUCAUUCCCUCUUUAUGAUCCUGUGAGUUUCUCCGAUUUCUGCAACAUUUCUUUGAAGGCUAAGGUUCUCUAUAUUUUUUUGCUUAUGUGCUUUAUCUCUCUAUUCGUUUUAACACGCCCACGAUUCAAACACUGCGGCCAGACUUGCGCACCUGAAUCCGCCUUUUUGGCAUUUCGCCUUACUGUGAACCAUUGUCUUAUGCAUUGUACCACCGUUUUUUUGGCGCCCGCACAGGGUUACAAAAGAAAAAAAGAUAUAGCUCAAGGUAUCGUUUUCAAUGUUUGUUCUGCUUUUUGA